AUGGACACAGUGCACUACUUGCAACUGCUGCAAUUCAAGGUGACCUCUGCAAAUGCUUCGCAAACACAGGACUGGUUUGAAGAAGAUUUGGCGACAGGUACUCUUGUUGGGGGCACAUUGCUAUUUGCCUCAGUGCUCCUGUUGCUGCCCAUCCUGGUGCGGCAGUUAGGUGGUUUGCCGGCUGAAAAUUUGCCGGCUGAGCCCCAGCAAGAUGCCGCACCGCCAUUGGCUUUGUUGCGUGUGACUGGUGCAUUGUGCAUUGGUGUUAUGGCGAACAUCACGUCAAUAAUUCUUACGGUGCAAACAGAGGCUGAGCAAUUAACCACAUCUGGUUACAUUCUUGCCAGUGAAUGCAUUGGUGCAAUUUUUGGCUUGCUGCUCUUCAAGGAGUUUGGGUUGGCUCAGCUAAAGACCGCAUACAAGCUCACGGCGUUGAGCAUGAUGGUGGGCAAUGGGCUUUAUACUCUGGCAUCGGUGCAAUCGUUUGGUUUGCCUACUUUAUUCGCCAGUCGAGUGAUGACUGGUGUGGGUGCGGGAAGUAUGUACAAUUCAGCAAUGGUCAUGGUGCAUUUCGCCAGGGGCCAGCACAAGACACCCCAUAUGGUGUUGUACCAGUUUUUCGUGGCCUGUGGCGUCCUACUAGGCCCUGCUCUUGCUGCCGUCAGCUUGCUUUCGUUUCCAAGCAUGGAGAUCAAAGAUGCUUUGGCCAACGGCAUCAUGGUCUUCUGGGGCGCAGGGCUGUUUGCCGCGAUCAUGAUCUUCAUUCCCGAUGACAUCGCAACGCUCGAAGCGGAGGCGGGUCUUCUAAAGUCUUCCGUUGAGGAGGCGAAGACGGAGUCCGCGGAGGCUUCGGCGGAGGCCUCGGCGGAGCGGCCUGUGGAGCGGCCCGCGAAGCGUGGCUUGGCGCUAUUCCUCACCAUGAUCAGCAGCGCCGCCAUCAGAAUGGCUCAAAGGCUUCUUUGGGAGAGCGGCUCCGUCAUUGCUGUGGAGGAGACCUAUGGCUGGGCAGCUUCGACGGCUGGCGUGAUGUUUAUCGUCGUGGUGGCGGUCAUGGCCCUCGCACAGUAUGCGUUCUCGCGUUUCCGGGCAGGCAAGUACCCAGAUACCUUUUGGUUGCACACACUGGAAGUCGCGCAGCUUCUCGGAGUCUUGCUCAUGUUUCAACCUUGGCAGCUUCCAGUUCCUUUGAGCGCCCUACAGUUUAUGGUUGGGUCCAUGGUUGCAUACUCGUCGAAUGCAAUUUGGGCGGGUGUGCUCACUUCAUUUUGUGUGAAGCGAUCGCUUGUGAACUCAUUCUUCAGUGCAGAGAACCUGAUGGUCCUCAAUCAAGCAGCGAUCUUCGUUGGGAUAGCAGCUGGAAGCACCAUCAGCAGAGCAUGCCAGGACCUUGUGCAAGGCAGCUCUGCCAUCUCCAGCAUGAAUGCGUUGGCUUGCACGCUUCUUGUGGGGGCCCUGCUUCAGAUCAACAUGUCUCUCAUUGCAAUAAGCGAAGUUUCCCUGGACAUUUUUGUAACUGUUGUCAGCUUACUGCUGGGGAUCCUUAUUCCGGCCGCUGCCCUCGUACCUGCUUGGGGAGGUACAGGCCCUUCCCAUGUUUUCACUUGGCAUAUCGUAUCCAUGGGUAUCGCAUGGCCUUGUCUUGGCGUGUUGGGCUUCUGGGCCUACAAAGCUGACGCGAUGAGAGAAUGGGACAAGAACAGUCGGCGAACUGUUCACAUGCUUUGUAUGCUUCUUGUGGGCGUCCUCUCAGUUGCCGGAUAUGUCUUUCUCUUCCAGGCUCACCAGGAGAAUGGAGAGGGCCAGUUCGGGGGCUUGGUGUUGGGACGUAACGAGUGGGCGUUGAAGCGAGGCGCGGCCCGCUUUGCUCAUGUCGUGGUCGGCUACCUGGUGGUUCUGGGAGUGCUCUUGCAAGCCCCCAUGGGCCUUUGGAAGCGACAUGUUCUCAUCAGGGACCAGGUCAAGCGUUUUACCUGGCACGGCGUCUUUGGCCAGGCACUUCUGAUCGGUGGGCUAGUUGCGACGUGCAUCGGCGUUUGGCUGGACAUCAAUGGGAAAGGUGGCUUCCCUUUGGGGUUGAAGCUUGCGGUUUCUGCGGCCUUGCCAAGCCUCGGUGCAAUCGUUCUCACGCGCUCUUGA